GUCCAUGAAUGGAUGAAUAUCCCCCAAUUACCGCCCUCUCUCUGUUCACCUUUCCAUUUUCACGAAAUCGAUCAUAUCCAAGAUCCUUACCGGCUCUUCUGCUUGCACCUAUAAAGCGGAACGAACAGCCACAACAUAUGAACAUGCUAGGCGUGAUGGGUGAGCAGAGGAAAGCAGAUGAUGUGCUCCAUGAGAAAAGCGGAGAGCUGUUCAUCGCCGGCGGCCGCGGGGACGGAGAUGGCCCCGACGAGAGCUCUGGCUCCAGGGUGGCUUUGUUCUCGUCCACGUCCAGCCUGAUGGUCGAAGACGAUCACGACGAGAUAGAGUCCUCCUUGGUGGUGGCUGAUCCUACGACGAGGUCAUCGUCGUUAGCAGAACAUCAGCUGGACGGGCUGUCGCCGCUGUUGGCCAACCUUUCUUUAAGGUCAGGGUUGUCUAAGUACUACCACGGGAAGUCCCGGUCAUUCGCCCAUCUAUCCCCUGAAAUAUCCUUGAAAGACGUCCCAAAGAAGACCACCACUUACAGCACCAGAAUGAAGGUGCGCAGAGAACAGGCUUCUGCAGAACCUCGCGCGAGCCGUUCGUCAACCUUGUGCCACAUUCCUGGGCCGCACAGUAAUAUUAUAAGGAAGAAGGCGAUGCCAAGGGGCCUUCUGUCAAGAACAAGUAACAGGAACCACCUGCAUAUAGAGGCAAGAAAGAGUGCAUAAGCUAGCUAUUUAGCCAAUGCAUCUGACAUCUAUCAGAAAUAAGUGGGCAUUGAGCGGUGGAACUAGACACUUCCAGAGUUCCAGCUCCAUAUUUCUUCCUUUUUCAGUAGCUUUCUGCGAUCGAGGUUAUCAAUUAGAAGCAUGUGUAGAUUGUUUUACCUUUAGUCUGGAAAUCUUGUUUGUGUAAUAUAUUGUGAUAGGUCUAUUACUGGAAAAACGAAUUCUUUAGGAGGCAAAAUCUUGUUUCCCUU